AACAUCAUAAAGAAGGUGAAUGGUCAGAAGUUUGUCUACCGCUUUGUGUCCUAUCCUGACAUCCUGAAAGGAGAUGUUGGUACCCGAACAGACGGCGGGGAUGUGGGUGCUGGGGGCCUCUCUCCAUUGUCAAAGAGGGGAGACGGCAGUCUACUGGAGGGGGAGUCUGGUGACCGCAGCAAGGUAGGAGGUAGUACAGCAGCUCUGAGCUCCAGCACCAAGCAGUCAAACCGCAACGACUACAUCCACUCCGGCCUGUACACCUCCUUUACUCUCAACUCGCUGCAAAAUGGACGCCAGCUCUUCAAGUCCAUCAAAAUAGAGAACCCAGCAGAGAAGAUGGCUGACAAGAGGGGUCUCAUUGCCACAGCCCACAGCCAGGAGCAGUUCGCUCAGCCGCAACAGCCGACCGGUUUGCCAUCCGUCAUCAAGUUUGGAAACACUCCUCCAAAGCCAGCACCAGCACCGCCUCCUCAGGUUGACAUAGAGCCCACCCUGAUGUCCAACCACUUGGAUUCUCUGCAAGCUCUGCCCCCGAGGGCCGAAACCAUCAGCACACACUCCUCCCUGCCGUCCCAGUCCGUCUACUCGUUUGAACACAUCCGCCCGUCGGAACCAACAUUCAGCAUAUCAGACCUGACCUCGGCCAGCCCGUCUCCAAGCCUAGUGCCCGACUCCUCCCAGGAGCUGGUCAUUGACAGCGACAUGGAGUCCGGAUCUUCUCACCCCGCAGACUCUCAGGCACCAGAACCCACAGACGCUCAGGCCCAGGAAAAGGUGGACAGUGGCAUUGGUUUGUCGGGAGACGAGACCAGUUUUGUGGACGCUGAAACCAGUUCAUCCUCAGUGAGCAGCAGCACCACACUCAGCACUCAGAGCUCAGGAAAGACACGCAAGCCCCCGAAAGUCCUGCAGAUCAGCCCGCCAACUCUGCUUGUCACCACUUCUGACUUCUCCCCCAUGAACCUCUGCAGCCCCUCUCUACCGACUGCCUCUCUCACACCAGCAAUGCUACAGACUCCCACUCUGUUGCUGACUCCUAGUCCUCUGCUGUCCAACAUCCACUUCUGGAGCACGCUUAGUCCGGUCGCUCCCCUCAGCCCAGCUACACGCCGCCAGGGAGGCCAACUGUUCCAAUUUCCGUCUGUCCUCACCCCACAGUUCCAGAUCCCUGUACACAGUAUCGAUGGGACCAACACACCCGGCCCCAUUUCCCCAGACCCUCAGAAGACAUAAGAUUAACCCCCCACACAGCCUCACUGCAUUUGGACCCAGACAGCCAGACACUCCCCCCACUGCUCCAUUCCCCACUGCUCCAUCCCCUACUCCCACAUCCAGGACAAUUAUGUGGGAGCUCAGUUAUUGCCAUUCCUCAUCACUCCGGUGCUUUAAAGUUCACAGCCACAGAAUUCACACUACAGUCAGACUUGUGGAGGGAGGAUCUGGAGAAAUGUUGGCAGUCAACAUUCAGUUUGUUUUCUGAGCGGAUGCUAACCUGUACUCAUACACACUGAUGCCACCGUUCCUUAUGCACUUUCAUUUUGAUUCAUUUUCUCUGGCUUUUUGGAAUCCUCAGUCACAACAGUUGGAAGAAGGGAGGAAUUUCCAUGGCAACAGUUGGUGCAUGUGGAUUGGACCUCAGCAGCAACAAUCUGCUUCAUACUUUGACACACAGACCAGUGGGGUUGCAGAUAACUGAAUGUUUCCUUUAAUAGAAUUUCCUUCUUCUCUUGUGCAACAGUGUUACUGCCAAAAAAGACAUUAUCAGUUAGUUUUUAACUUUUUCUCUCCUCUGCUGACAUGGACUCUGUUCUUUUUGUGCUCUGUCCUUUACUUUUACUCUUGUUGAAGAGUAGCGCUUUAACCUGAUAACCUGCAUGUUUACCUGCAACUCUCCAGCUCUCAAACUCGCCUCACAUGCCUGAGUGUGUACUGUUUGCUGCUCUCAAAUGUUGGCUGACUAUAGCCAUACUUUUACCUUGACUGUCUUAUCGUGACGUGUGGCCAUAAUCCAAGCUGAACCUUGAGUCUUGCCUCUAUGUAACUGUUCUAGUGCAUAUAUAUACAGUGGAAUAGCCCCGAAAGUCAGUGUGGCCUGGUUUGCCUCCAGCCCGUAAGCUUUCAUGUGGGAAUUGAAUAAAGUGAAGCCAUAACAGUUUGUACGCAUCGACUCUGCAAGCAACAACCCAAAUCCUGUAUUUGAUAAUGAAAAUGAACUCUACAUUGUUAAAGGCAGCCACCAUAAGGACACUUACUUCCAGUUUUUAAAUCAAAAUUGUAGAGAUAGAAAAUAUUCAAGAAAAUGUCUGACAUGGGAAAUACAUUUAAUUCGCUUUCUUGCAGAUAGAAAGAUUGACACCACUCAUGUCUGUAUGGUAAAUAUGUAGCUGGAACCAGCAGCUAAUUACCUUAGCUUAGCAUAAGGGGUUAUGUGACAGACUGUUUCUUCAACCAGUCUCAGCUGGUUGCCAAGCAACUGUUUCUGGCCAAGAAAUUGUCCCAGCACACCCAUAAAAACCACAGCCUGUUGUUUUUACACUUUUGCGAGAUAUAACAUGUUAAUUAGAGCUUUAGAGGUAUUUUAGGAGGAUUUACUUCCCUUUGGGCAGAGCCAGGCUAGCUGUUUUCCCCAUUUCCUGCCCCUGCUAAGCUAACCAGCUGCUGGAUCCACAUUAGGCACAAGAGUCUUCUUGUCUAACUUUUGGCAAGUAAGUAAAACAGUGUUUUUCAGAUUUGUACAAUCUGAACUUAAGCCAAACAAAAUAGUUUCUCAUAAAGCAAAAUUACACCAGAGCUUGGAACUGUUGAUUCUCCACAGGUUGGCUCUGUUUUCUUUGUUUUAAAUGAAUGGGCUUUGAUUAAUGUUGCUUGCCAUGUCGGUGCAGUUAAUUUAUCUCUGACUGAACCUCAAAAUCUUAGCGGCUAGACUUUGAACAGUCCAGCCUCAUCCUUUGCCGAGCCUUAGCCAUCUGAAAUAGAUCAACCUUUAAUCCAGGAGCAUUGAAGCACCUUCCUUGCCCUAAAACCCCCUCCUCUAGAUGAUGAGCCAUGAAAGGCUUAUACCUGUUUUGUAAAUGACUUUGAAGCCAUAAGUCUGAGACGCAGACUCAAGAGGGAGACCCCACAUUUCUAUGCUAUCAAAUGUGGAAAUUGUACAUCACACUUGUUUACACAAUACUUGGAUAGAACACACUUAAGUGUUUCUUUACCUAAGUGUCCCUUUCUAACCCAGGGAUGGAUGACCAGCGAAUCUUGUAGAGGGAGGGGGGACUCAUACUCAACUAACAAGACAUUUGCCCCCUCAACGUCUGUCACGUUGAUAUACGGUGCCUUACCACAGCCAAGCCCAAGUUAAUCUCCUAAAAGUGGAUAAAGUUCUAUCAUUUAAAAGUUAGUGUGGAGCUAACAGUAUACGACAGCGUUUGUUGUUUGUUUUUCUGCCAUAUCCUUGCGUAGACCAAACCAGAGCCCCAGAAGUUUGCAGUAAAACUUCACAGGGAUGUUUUGUGUCUGAGUUCACUGCUCACAGCUUGUGUGGUCCGCCACAGCUUACUCUGUGUAUGUACUGCAGGACCUUCAAUGUGCUGCGGUGCUCUUCAGGAUGCAUACCUGUACAUACAGACAGCAACAUGAGUCAAUAUGCAGAGCAUGUAAAUCUAAUCAGGCCAUGCUUUAGAGUUGGUGGCCAUGUCUCCAACCUGCUUCUAAAUGUUUGUGAUAACAAAUUUACUCAAAAUAUAUAUAUAUAUAUAUAUAUAUUUUAAACGUGUUUACUAUGUUUUGUGUAAUCUCCUUUCAUUUUCCUGAACACCAAUAGAAUUUUAAGAUUAAUUUCUAUUUUUGUAACGGCCAGAUAGUUAGACGUUCUGCUAUUUUGGGUUCUCUGAUUUAAUGUUCUCUUUGUGCAUGUGUUCCUUUAUGUUUUCCUCUCGUAUAUCUGGGAGGCGGCGGCCCCAUGGUGCCAUUGGCUAUUUUUGGGAAUCAAAGCCUUAUAUGGGGAGAAAUCUAAAUCUAUGUUUUAUAUGUAAAGUGUUUUGAUAUAGUGUUGAUAUUGUACAUGCAGAUGUUGUGAUGAAACGUUUGCACUUAAACUUUCGGGGUUCCUGUAGUAUUGGAUUCUGUCGCUUUUCUAUGACUCAGAUUUCCUCUUUGAAAUGUUGUCGAUGUUUGCUUACUGAGAAAUGUAUAUUUUCCCAAAGGGAGGAUAAAAUUAUGCACUUCAUAUUUUAUAUGGUAAAUCUAAUCUUUUUCAAUCAAAGGAUUUACAUUUGUGAUUAGGCACAACCACACAAUAUUUAUUUAUUUGAAUUUAUAACAGAUCCCAAUAGAAUUGGUAGCUUAUAUUGCAUUUUUUGCAGCGACUUUGAUAAAAACCUAUAAUAUUGCUGGAUAAUAACCCCAAAGGCCAUUUGAAACUCCUCCAUCAAGUCUUAUGGGACUUGUCGUUUGCAUAUUUCUUCAUUUGUAUCUUCUGAUGAUGUUUUUCCUUCAACUUACCUUGAAAUGUAAAAUCUUGUUUUAAAAAGAAAUGACACAGUUCUUGCUAUGUUCUGUCCAGUUUUCUAUUUGUUUGAUGCUUUUUCAAAUGUUUACAGGCUACUUGUCUUAAGUGGCGUAUUGAUGUGUGAGAGGCGUAGAGGGAGUGUUUAUAAUGGAAGAGAUAAGGGAGACCAGUAAUAAAAGAUCUCUAACUAA